CCUCCAAGAGCGCAAUCAACCUCAAACUCGCACAAUCGAACGCCCCAACAAAACAAGGAAAAUUAGGGAGAGCUUCCAGUUUGAGUAUCAAACAAUGGUGGGCUUGGCCACGAUCGCCAUGGAAUGGCUCCAAGAGCCAGUGACCUGGUUCUUCAUUGCCUCGGUGGUCCUCGUGGUGCUGCAGCGGCUGCGACGGCGGCGUGGCAAGGCGCCGCCGCUGCCCCCGGGGCCGUAUCCGCUGCCGAUCGUCGGCAACAUGUUUACGAUGGACCAGGACCAGCUGACCCACCGGGGGCUCGCGGCUCUGGCGAAGCAGUACGGCAGCAUUUUCCACAUCCGCCUCGGCAAGGUCCACGCCAUCGUCCUGUCGACGCCGGAGUACGCCCAGGAGGUGCUGCAGGCGCAGGACGUCGCCUUCUCGAACCGGCCGGCUACCAUCGCCGCCAUAUACCUCACCUACGACCGCGCCGACAUGGCGUUCGCGCACUACGGGCCCUUCUGGCGCCAGAUGCGCAAGCUCUGCGUGAUGAAGCUCUUCAGCCGGCGCCGCGCGGGGACCUGGCUCGCCGUGCGCGACGAGUCCGCGGCGCUCGUCCGCGCCGUGGCCCGGCAGACCGGCGAGUCCGUGAACCUCGGCGAGCUCAUCUUCAACCUCACCAAGAACGUCACCUUCCGGGCCGCGUUCGGCGCCGACGCCGCCGGCGAUGCCGGGAAACGGGACGAGUUCAUCGCCAUCAUGCAGGAGUUCUCCCAUCUCUUCGCGGCAUUCAGCCUCGGCGACUUCAUCCCGUGGCUCGGCUGGGCGGACCAGGGCACCAACGUGCGCGCCCGCGCCGCGCGCGCCGCCCUCGAUGAGUUCAUCGACAAGAUCAUAGACGAGCACAUGGAGAGAGGAAAGAACCCGGACGACGUGGACGCCGACAUGGUGGACGACAUGCUCGCGUUCCUCUCUGAGGCGAAGCCGAAGAAGGCCGAUGGCGACGACCUGCAGAACACGCUCCGCCUCACCCGUGACAACAUCAAAGCCAUGAUCAUGGACGUGAUGUUUGGUGGGACGGAGACGGUGGCAUCCGGGAUUGAGUGGGCAAUGGCAGAGAUGAUGCACAGCCCCAAUGAGCUUCGUCGGCUGCAGGAGGAGCUUGCCGACGUGGUGGGUCUUGACCGGAACGUGGAUGAGUCGGACCUCGACAAGCUCCCCUUCCUCAAGUGCGUAAUCAAGGAGACGCUUCGACUACACCCGCCCAUCCCGAUUCUCCACCACGAGAACGCUAAGGAUUGUGUGGUCGGUGGCUAUUCAGUACCCCAGGGCUCAAGUAUCAUGAUCAACGUCUUCGACAUUGGUCGAAACGCCAAGGUGUGGAAGGACGCCGACAUGUUCCGACCAUCGAGGUUUAUGGCAGUGGAAGGAGAGGCCGCAAAGGUGGAUUUCAAGGGCAACUGCUUCGAGUUCCUGCCGUUCGGGUCUGGCCGCCGCUCGUGCCCUGGGAUGGCGCUUGGCAUCUACUCAUUGGAAUUUGCUGUCGCCCAACUCGCCCACGGGUUCAACUGGGCGCUGCCCGAUGGCAUGAAGCCGUCGGAGCUCGACAUGACCGACAUCUUCGGACUCACCGCGCCGCGCGCCACCAGGCUCUGCGCCGUGCCAACGCCCCGGCUUUCGCACCCUUGUGUCUCCGACGUUGAUGCCACGCACAAGGCGUGAUGUCGUGUUGUAUGCGCACGGGAAAGUACAUUCAUCCUGUGACACAAUAAAGAUGUUUCACCCGGUUCAGGAUGACACAAUAUCAGCGUAUUAGACAACGGGUCCAUUCGUCCAUGGAUCCAAAAUUUAAUCAAACUUUGUACACAAUUGACCAAGUUUAUGGAUACUUUUAGAUCCUGCAUGAAACAUAUCGUGCAUUUGUGCGAGGCGUUUGCUACAGCCAAGCAUG